AUGGAGCAUCUCCCAGAGCGCCAUGAGCACGAUGAGGUACCUGGAACUAUCCUGCUGGUCGAUAUAGCUCAUGACAGCAAUAUAUCUGGUCAACGAAAAGGAAUAGUUUUACAACCACAACCCAGCACAGAUCCAAACGAUCCACUUAAUCGAUCACAACGAUGGAAAAACCUCAAUAUCGGCAUGGUAUGUGUGUACACCUUUGCUAUUGGAAUAUGCACAGCUGCACAAUUCUCCAUCAUGACACAGAUAUCCGAAUCGCAAGGAGUCAGACUUGCAGAUCUCAAUCUGGGCACUGGGUUGAUGCAGUUGAUGCAAGGAUGGGCAAAUCUUUUAUGGCAGCCUAUCGCCAUGACCUAUGGCCGCCGGUUGGUCUACCUUGUGACCAUUAUAUUCUCGAUAGGACCAGUUUUAUGGGUUCCGCUGGCUCAUGGCGCUAGCCAAUGGUACGCACACCGCGUGCUUCUGGGAUUAUUUUGCUCGUCCGUGGAGUCUCUACCGGAAUUGUCUGUCCAGGAUCUCUUCUUCGCCCAUGAACGAGGAAACUAUAUGGCCCUGUAUACUUUUGUAUUGUUCGGAUCGAACUUUAUUGCGCCCUUUCUUGCGGGGUUCAUAGCGGAUGGCCUGGGCUGGGAAUGGGUUAUGUACCUUGCCACAAUAUUUUUGGGCAUCUGCGCACUGAUCCUAUUCUUUUUCUUGGAGGACACAAUCUUCUUUCGAAACACAACCGAGACCGGGGCCCAGCAAUAUGAGAUUGUUCCGCCGGAUGACAAUGGAGAGCCAGGGUCCACCCCUACCGAGCGACCCGAGACUGGACUAGCCACAAAUAUGAAGCCUCGUCGGCAGAGGCUGGCGUUGAUUACAAUGCUACCAGGUCGUCCAAGUCAUAAGCAAAUGGCAUUGAAGAGCUGGCAGGCAUUAAAAAUCCCCUUCUUCUUUCCUAAUAUUCUCUGGUGCGGUCUCCUAUACGGAUCGAACCUAGCCCUUUACAGCGUGAUUAAUGCGACAAUCUCGAGUAUACUGGGAUCCAGUCCCUACAAUUUCCCUCCAACAAUGGUCGGUGUUGCUUAUCUGUCCCCUUUCGUCUUCGGUGGCGCUGCAUCCGUUUGGGCGGGAAAGAUGUCAGAUUCUCUCGCAAUCAAACUGGCCAAACGCAAUGGGGGUGUCCGGGAACCAGAACAUAGGCUCUGGGGCCUUCUGGUAUCCGCGCCUAUCGCUGCAGGGGGGCUGCUCAUGUGGGGAGUAGGGGCCAGUCAAGGGGCCCACUACAUGGUUCUGAUCCUCGGAAUUGGCAUCACCACCUUUGGGGUCGUUUGCGCAAGUGCGAUAUCAUUGGCGUACGCCGUUGAUUGUUUCAAAGAAAUGGCCGGUGAAUCCUUUGUUUCCAUCAAUAUCAUCCGGAAUACAAUAGGGUUUAGCUUUAGCUACGCCAUCACGCCGUGGAUUGAAUCCGUAGGUCUUCGAAACUGCUUUAUCUCGGUGUCGCUGAUCUCAUUCUUUUGUACUUAUACAUUCCUUGGGGUGAUUGUUUGGGGAAAGUCAUGGAGGAGGAUGUCCGCGGAGCGAUAUUGGGAAUUUGUAGCCACGGAGAGAGAGAUGGGCCACGCUUAG